AUGAACCCGUAUACGGGCCGUAUAAUACUAUCUAAUACACUGCGACCUGCACUACUGGUCGCGUACUACAUCACCUCCUUUUUGUUUGCAGGCAACCCUAUACUUCUUGCAUGGUCCGUUGGAAAUACUGCUGGACAGACCAAGAAAUCCGUCACAAUGGCAUUUUAUCAAGCUGGUACCUCCGCAGGAGCCCUUAUUGGUCCGCUUCUGUUCACGGCAGACCAGGCCCCAGAAUAUCACCCAGCUAUUGGAGGUGUACUUGGGGUCUUUGUUGCCAUGAUGGUGCUCCUCGGUGUGCAAAUCGCCAAUUUGAUGUGGUUGAACAAGAAGCAGGAAAAGAGGAGAAUCGCAAACGGCAAGAGUGGGGUUAUUGUUGAUCGUUCCAUGACAACGAACGUCAACAUAGAUUCGAAGACUCAGGAAGUGUCAGGCGAUCGGGAGGAAGUCUUGGACUUGACAGACAAGCGGAAUGACGAGUUUGUGUAUGUCUACUAA